AUGAAAUCUCUUGGAAACAGCGUAAAAAUUGUUGUUCUCCUCAUAUUGAUUGUCCAUUCGCAAGCCGAUGAUUCAAGUUGGUAUCAAACUUUUUUGAAUGAACAAGUUGCUCCAUCAUAUGCCAGUGCAUAUCAAACGUUGAGAAACAAAAUUAUCAAUCCCUUAUUGGCAUAUACGAAUAGCAACUCAACUACAAAUGGAACCGAUGCAGCAGAAAUUGUAUCAUUGGCACAAGGAGUGACAUGUGCAGCAAAGGAACUUUAUACAAGUCUGUCCAAUGCAUUGAAUGCAAGUGAACAACUUAACACUAUUGUCGAGAAUAAAACAUCGCAAGCCAUAUUAGAAGUCUCACAAAAAGAAAAUGAAAUUCGACAAGUCAACGAACAAUUAAGCACGAUUGAAGCUCGAUUGACUGAUGCACAAAAUGAUGUAAAUCAAGCCGAAAAUGAUGUGAAAAAUAAAGAAAAUGAAUUAGCUCAGAGUGAUGCACAUCUUGCCGAGGAGCUGCAAAAACUUGAAAAAGCACGAGUCUGUGGACUUAGAAAAAAACGAUUCUUAGGCAAGGUUUGGAGAGGAAUUGUUCGUGAUCCUUUGGACAACGUUCGGGACAAGAUCAUUAGUCCCAUUGUUAAGCCUGUCAUGCCCAUUCUCAGUCCUGUUCUUCGUGUUCCUUGCGCAGCACUUAAUUAUGGAGGUAUUAACAGUGCAAAAGAUCGUCGAGGAGCUGCUCAAGGUGCAGUGAAUGCAGCCAGAGAACAACUGGCUACUCGUCGACAAGAACUUGAGAGACNGCGUCCUAACCACAGGAUUCCGAUAGGCGGUUCUGAAUGUCGGAAUGAUCACGAUACUGCGGAAUUCUGGAGAAUCCGACACUUUCCAACAUCUGGAGCCGCUUGUCGGAAUCCUGUGGUUAGGUUUCCUGGAACUUCCGACGAAUUCCCCAUCGGAUCCGAUGGGCUGAGUUUGACCUGGGCUAUGCUGUACUUUCCUCGUCCUUAUAUAGUUCUCGGUCCAUACAGCAUCACGCUACAGAAAAAUACGAAACUCUUUGAAAUAAUAUCUGCAAUGAUUUAUCGCUACACUCGGUGUGAAGCUCAAAGGCCAACAUCCAGACCCAAAGAUCGACAUCUAAUUACAAGCAGAAAGAAAGAAAACAAACGAUAG